GCCUCCUCCUCCUCCUCCGUCGUUUCCGGUCCCUGGCGGAAGUGGGUGUCGUCUUUGCCGGUUGUCGUUUUGCAACAUGGCGGUGAAUCUGGCGGAGCUCUCGUUGCCUCAACUGGAGGGGCUGAAAGGACAGUUCGAGCAGGAGACGGAGUUUCUGACCUCGUCCAUUGCUCAGCUGAAAGUCGUGCAGACCAAAUACGUGGAGGCGAAGGACUGCAUGAACGUGCUCAAAACAGAGAACAAAGGUAAAGAGUUGCUGGUCCCUUUGACCAGUUCUAUGUACGUCCCUGGCACUCUGAGUGAUGUGGAGCACGUUCUGGUUGAUGUUGGCACAGGAUAUUACGUGGAAAAGAACGUCGAGGACACCAAGGAAUUCUUCAAACGCAAAAUCGAUUUCCUCACCAAGCAGAUUGAGAAGAUCCAGCCAGCGCUGCAGGAGAAACACGGCAUGAAGCAAGCUGUGAUCGAGGUCAUGAACAUGAAGAUCCAGCAGCUGCAGGUCCAGCAGGCUUCCCAGUCAGGAACGACGAAGGCGUGAGAGCAGAGGAGCGAGAGGAGGCACCGACGCAGCAUCUAAACACCGCGAGCCACCGCAAGGCAACGAGGACCCCCGGCUCUCUGUUCACAGCAGGGUCCUGGACUUCUGUUCCAACCCUCAUCCCAAAUUGUUUCAUUGAACCAGCUAAGCCCCCACCCAAACCCUGACGUUGUUCACGCUCUCGCUGUAGCUGUUAAACCCUGGAGUGUAGUGCCCCUCCAGGACUGUGCUGGACUCUCCUGGUUUAUAGAACGCUAUACAGUCACUCAGGUGUGCCUUCUCAAUGGGGAAAAGCCAGUACGUUAGCACACCCAUCACUCAAGUACUGGUUCUGGUUACUGGCGUUUGAAUUCAGUAUUCUCUUUAUAGUCUUCGUAGAGGUGUCCUGUGUCUUAUUUGUGUGGGUAAGAUGUCUGAAACCAACCCUCCUUUUUUCAAGAACUUCAAUUUUUAUUUAAAUUUGAGAGCGAAAAAUAAAUAAAAAGGACUGAAAUGAUCUUAUUACUGUUUUUUUUUGUUUAAUGUUGCCUCAUCAGCUGUGAUAAGCCCAUUACAAAAUAAAUAAAGGUCGGUUUAACUGA